AUGUCCGCCACCACCGCCCUUCGCAGCUUGAGCAUCAAUAACAUCAACCCCCACGUAAAGGAGGCCAAAUAUGCUGUGAGAGGAGAACUUGCGGUGCGAUCCGAGGAGUACCGAGCCAAACUGGCCAAGGGCGAUACCGACCUUCCCUUCGACCAAGUCAUUGCUGCCAACAUUGGAAACCCACAGCAAUUGGACCAGAAGCCCAUCACAUUUUUCAGACAGGUCUUGAGUUUGUUGGAAUACCCACCACUAUUGGAGAAGGAGGAUGUUUUGUUGAACCAACUUGGAUACAAAAGCGAUGUUAUUGCUAGGGCAAAGUGGCUCUUGAAGACUGUCGGCUCAGUCGGUGCCUACAGUGCCAGUGCUGGUGCACCAGGUAUUAAAGAGAGUGUCGCUCGUUUCCUCGAGGGUACGUUCGCAUUUCGGAAGUGGUGAUGCAGUCUGCUAAUCCCAUCAUUUUGGUAGAAAGAGAUGGCUUUCCAGCCGACCCCAAAGACAUCUAUCUCUCGGGUGGUGCCUCAUCUGGCGUCAACACCCUAUUGCAUGUCAUUUGCGCCAGCCCCAAGACUGGUGUUCUUGUCCCAAUCCCACAAUACCCUCUCUAUACUGCCUCCCUCUCCCUGCUCAACGCAAAAUGUGUUCCAUACUACCUCGACGAGUCCAAGAGCUGGGGUACAGAUAUCGAGGCUGUAAAGGGUGCGUACCAAAAGGCCGUUGAUGAAGGAACUGAUGUGCGGGCUAUCGUUUUGAUCAACCCUGGCAAUCCUACGGGGGCAAGUUUGUCAGAAGACGACAUUAGAGCCGUCAUCGAGUUUGCUGUCGAGAAAAAACUCGUUGUUAUGGCCGAUGAAGUCUACCAAACAAAUGUCUUCGUUGGAAAAUUCCACAGUUUCAAGAGCGUCUUGAGAAGCUUACAGAAGGCUGAUGCCGAAAAGUACAAGAACGUUGAGCUUGCUUCCCUUCACAGUAUCUCAAAGGGCAUGGUAGGUGAGUGUGGUCACCGCGGUGGGUACUUUGAGCUAUGUGGGUUUGAUCCAGAAGUCCAGGAACAAAUUUACAAGUUUGUUUCCAUCAGCUUGUGUGCUCCCGUUAUUGGACAAUGCUUGGUAGAAUUGAUGGUUAACCCACCAAAGCCUGGGGAGCCAAGUUACGAACUCUACAAACAAGAAUAUGAUGGUAUCUUCUCUGGCUUGCAAAAACGAGCAACCGCUUUGUAUGAUGCCUUUAAGAAAAUGGAGGGCGUCGAGUGCGGCACUCCUCAGGCAAGUACCCUUCAUAAAUAAGCGAAGCGAUAAUACUGACAAUUACAGGGUUCAAUGUACCUGUUCCCAACAAUCAAUCUUCCACAGAAAGCAAUCGAAGCUGCAAAGAAAGAGGGUCGAGCCCCCGAUGAGUUUUAUGCUUUCCGUCUACUCGAUGCAACAGGAGUUUGUGUUGUCGCUGGAUCUGGGUUUGGUCAGAAGGAAAACACCCUUCACUUCAGAACGACCUUCUUGGCACCAGGCACCGAGUGGGUUGGUCGAAUUACCAAAUUCCACGAGGAGUUCAUGAACGAAUUUAGAUGA